GGCUGACGGUCUGGAACACGCACAGUCAACGCAAGAUUGAACUAAACCCAGUGUGCAUUCAGAACCCACAAAAAGGUGCAGGAUAGCAUUAUUUGUGCUCGGAGGGUAACAUUACUUAGAAGAUUGUGCUGAAAAGUUGUAAAACCAGUAAAACGUAUUUCUGAAGACCCGAAGUAGAACAUUUUCAGUAUAGAAACAAAAGAAACCCAAAAUCGGCAUUAACAGGACUGGAAGAAUCAAGUACUUAAACGGACUUCAGUUUUCGUAAAUCAGCGUGGAUAAAAUGAAGAAUCCCCGGCUACCCGGGGCAGAUAAGUUCAAAUUUUCUGCAGAAUGUAAUUACCCCUUAUCUGCUGACAGCUCUGAAACAGAUGGGAGCGCUUCGCCUUCUUUGUUCGUCAGGGGUCGUCCUGGUCGUAGUAGUUGUCCUCCUUUAUCAACCAUGUCUUCUCAGGGAUUUAGUCGCAGUGACAUCAGGAGAAAACCUGUACUUCCAAUCACCAGCAAAAAAACAUCCCGUGUGUUAAACAACACAAAUAUGGAGCUUAAUGUAGACACGGUAGACACAAGAACUGAAGAUGGCUCGUCUGAUAUUGACCAUGAUCUAACAAAAACUUCUAGGCCUCCAUCACAGUUUCCAAUUCCGUUAAAUCCAAUGGAACCAACAGAUGUGUUAAGCGAAGGGAGGAAAAUUUCACUUCCCAUGUUCGGAAGUUUACGUUCAAGUACAAGAAAUGAUAAAUCACCAACCUUCAUUGAUAGAAAUAUCCAUUCCAAGAGCGUUUCGAAAAGUCCUGAUUCUAAUUCUUCUCGCAUGAUGUCACACUUAGCCUCACAAAGACAGAAUGAUAAAUCAUUUAAUUGGAUGAACUACAGGUCAUCCACAAGUUCAUCCAGAUUGUCGAUGUCAUCUCAGAGUUCAUGUGCAAGCGAGGACGACAUAUGGGUGCUUAGGAAAUAGAAAUCCAUACAAAUUAGUAAUACCUUAAAGGGGAAUCUCAAAUAUUUGUGAUGGAAAAACAUUGUAUCAUUCUGUUUGGUCUGUUAGUCACAUCAGCGGGCUGAUGGAGAAAAGGUAUAUGUAUGGAAGUUGUACUGGCUAUAUUUGGUGCUACAUUGUACAUUCCAGUGACCCUGUUUUAAAGUAAAGAAAAUUCCUUUCAUUAAGUUGAGAGGAUACAGAUACAAAAGAAAUUUAUUUUUACUCUUUAUAUAUGUGUGUAUAUUUCCCAGUUCACUUAACAUGUCUUACGUGGGAUAACAAAAAUGAUUUACGUUUAUGUCCAGUUCACCUUCUUAAGAUUUUUGGAAUGAAAUUAUUAAAAAUUUCGCAGAAACUUUUACUGAAAUAAAGCCUCAAACGUUAGUACUCUAGUAAAUUGACCAGAAAAACAGCUAUUGUGAAUAAAGCUCUGUUGUCUUUAA